AUGGCUUUACAUAGUUCGGUCUUGCCGCAUGAAAAGAGCACGAAUGCGCCGGAACUACAGGCUACCAAGCGAGCAGUAGAAAGGACACGACGGGACAGCACCACCUCCAGGGACGACAUGGCUUCCUCCGCGAAAGCACGCACUCGCAGCUCCACGCCCCGCACGGACGAGAUCAUGGCGACACUGUCCCAAAAGCCCGCCCAGACAAAAGACCGCAUACGCUCAGAGCUUCAGCGUCUCGAGCGCGCCAUCUGGCACUUCGAAGAGUUCAUUCCGCCUUCGUUUCGCCAGCCGUGCUCCUCCUCAAAGCGUGUCCAGUACAGACAUCCGAUCGAGAGGGCGUGGAUGCGGCACAUCGCCGUGGAGGGACACGGGUACUGCGAGACGGCGGUCGACCUCCAGGAGGACUGGGGCAGGACCUUGAUUCGCGACGUCCUGACUGAGACGCUGGGCGCUACAGAGGCCGUCUACAUGGCUGCCAAGAAAGCUGAUUGCACGCGAAUGCUGAUGUACCUCUACUACAUGACGGACGUGCUGAACCUGGGCUGGGAUCCGCACGAGGAGACGGAGGUCAGGUGCGGAAGGAGCAAGCUUGAGAUGUACAUCGGGUCAGCGGCCCUGAGAGGCGCAGUGGCACGUCGCACGAUUGCCGAGUGCACGCGGGCUUUGAACAGUGAGCUGGUUAAGAAUUGGGGCGGUUCUUAG